ACCACUAUCUCCUUGCUUUUAGUUGGCCGCAUCCUCGCCCACGCAAACCCGCACUCCGCUGGCGAGCCAGCCUAACCGAUCGCCAUUCGCCAAUGCUCACCUCGUUGCUCCCGCCGCCCACCGUCCCGGUCUCCAAGACCGCCAAGCCCAGGCCAUCCGCGCUCUCCGUCUCCGCCCCCGCCCCUUCCCCCGCCGCGACAUCCGACGAUGCGCCCGGCGGCGGCGGGCCCCGCCGCCGCCUCUCCGCGCUCAUCCGCUCGCUCUGCGCCGCGGGGCGCACCGCGGAGGCGGCGCGGGCGCUGUCCGCGGCGGGCGGGGGCGCGGGCGUCGUCGCCUACAACGCCAUGGUGGCGGGCUACUGCCGCGCGGGCCAGCUCGCGGCCGCGCGCCGCCUCGCCGCGUCGGUCCCCGUGGCGCCCAACGCCUACACCUACUUUCCCCUCGUCCGCGCCCUCUGCGCGCGGGGCCGGAUCGCCGACGCGCUCGCGGUGCUCGACGACAUGGCCCGCCGCGGCUGCGCCCCGACCCCGCCCAUGUACCACGUCACCCUCGAGGCAGCCUGCAGGGCCAGCGGCUUCCGGGGCGCCGUCGGGGUGCUCCGGGACCUCCACGGGAGGGGCUGCGCCCUCGACGUCGGCAACUGCAACCUCGUCCUCCAAGCCGUCUGCGACCAGGGACCGGUGGACGAGGCCGUCCGCCUGCUGCGGGACCUGCUGCCGUCCUUCGGCUGCGAGCCGGACGUGGUGAGCUACAACGCGGUGCUCAGGGGCCUGUGCAUGGCCAGGCGCUGGGGCCACGUCCAGGACCUCAUGGAGGAGAUGGUCGCCGCGGGGUGCCCGCCCAACAUCGUCACCUUCAGCACGCUCAUCGGUCACCUGUGUCGGAACGGCCUGUUCGAGCGGGUGCAUGAGGUCCACGCGCAGAUGGCGGAGCAUGGGUGCGCGCCCGACGUCAGGAUGUAUGCCACUAUCAUUGACGGUGUCUGCAAGGAAGAGCGUCUCGAGGUCGCACGUGGCAUCUUGAACAGGAUGCCUUCCUACGGGCUCAGUCCCAACGUGGUUUGCUACAAUACUCUGUUGAAGGGCCUGUGCAGUGCCGAUCGGUGGGAGGAAGCAGAGGGGUUGCUGGCCGAGAUGUUCGAUAAGGAUUGUCCACUAGAUGAUGUCACAUUCAACAUACUCGUUGAUUUCUUGUGCCAGAACGGGCUGGUCGACCGGGUGAUCGAAGUUCUCGAGCAGAUGCUGGAGCACGGAUGCAUGCCAGAUGUCAUCACAUACACCACAGUGAUCAACGGUUUCUGCAAAGAAGGGCUCAUCGACGAAGCCGUCAUGCUGUUGAGAAGCAUGGCCGCCUGUGGAUGCAGGCCGAAUACCGUAAGCUAUACUAUCGUGCUCAAGGGUCUGUGCAGCGCGGAACGAUGGGUGGACGCAGAGGAGCUCAUGUCUCAGAUGAUUCAGCAGGGCUGUCCUCCGAAUCCUGUCACGUUCAACACACUCAUCAAUUUCUUGUGUAAGAAGGGACUUGUUGAGCAGGCCAUCGAACUCCUUAAGCAGAUGCUAGUGAACGGAUGCAGCCCCGACCUGAUUAGCUACAGCACAGUGAUCGAUGGGCUUGGCAAGGCUGGCAACACUGACGAAGCACUGGAGCUGUUAAAUGUGAUGGUCAAGAAAGGGAUGAGCCCAAACACAAUCAUUUAUUCGUCGAUAGCUUCCGCUCUCUCCGGAGAAGGUAGGAUUAACAAGGUCAUCCAGAUGUUUGAGAACAUCCAAGAUACCACAGUAAGGUCCGAUGCAGUGCUCUACAACGCAGUUAUUUCUUCGCUCUGCAAAAGAGGGGAAACUGACCGCGCUAUUGAGUUUUUGGCAUAUAUGGUGUCCAGUGGAUGCGUUCCCAAUGAAUCUACCUACACUAUCCUUAUCCGAGGCUUAGCGAGUGAGGGAUUUGUAAAGGAGGCGCAAGAGAUACUGACUGAGCUGUGCUCCAAAGGUGCUCUAAGAAAGCACUUGAUGAAGCAUUUUGGCAUUGUAUGAAGUAUAAACUGGUAGUCACUGUUCGCAAGUGCUGGUGUUAUCAGGAUUGGUUCCUAAUUAGCCUGAAGGUGUCAUCCACAUUGUUUUGCUCCUGGACCACCCAACCCGUGGUGGUUAGGCAUGAUGUAUCACGCUGCUCAAAUGUAGGCUUUGACAGAUGGACGCACAAAGUCAGGCUCAAAGGCUUUCAUAUACAUUCCUAAUCAGUGGCAGUACCUUUUAUUGUGGAGUUUAUCUAGAAUACAAAGACACUAGAAGAUCCAGUCUGACAUAUCAAAAUUGAUGAGAUUAGUUUUCAGUUGUUUCAGCUGAUGAACAUAGUACACAGAAUUUUUGUACGGAGUUCCUUUCUUUAUGGGAAAACCAUUUUUGAGAAUACUAUAUGGACAUGGAAAAAAAAAACAGAAACAGAAAGAA